AUGCCAACAUGGAACCUUGGCAGUGACGGGAUCUCUCUCUGCAACAAUAACACGACGGAGAAAAACUUCGAGGACGGUGCAUUUCGAAAGCGCUUAAUAUAUUUCAUGAUUAUAGACGGUGUAGUGAGAAGUGUGGUUCCCUGCUCAUCUCCUGUUUAUUUGGACUGUAUAUGGACUGUUUCAAUGGUGUCGUUAAGCAGCAGAGCGCUGGUCCCUGAUAAUGACCUCUUUAGGGACAGUGCUAGCCUGGUCUCCUUGGAGCUUGAGGAGGGAGAGGGCAGUGAGGGGAGGAGCGAGGGGGGUAGCUUUGCCUCCGGUUACAGCCCAGAUGCCGGGGACAUGGGUGCUCGGCUCAGCUUCAGCCCUGGAGAGGAGGAGGAGGAGGAUGAUGAAGGGGGCCUGCUCCGACUCUAUUUGACCCCCACAGAGCGGGAUAGAGAGAAGCGAGAAGAAGACAUGCUGCAGGACCCCAGGCUGCCUAACUUCAGCCCCCGCCUGCCUUCGCCCUUCUCUCCCACCCUUGAGGACAUUGAGGAAUUCCUCAGGGAGAAGAUGGAGCUGGUGAGAGAGGGGGUUCUCUUCUCUAGUGAACCCAUUGAGGAGCCCGCUCCCUCCCCUUCCAGCUCCAUGGAACAUCCUCUCUCCUCCCCAGGGGGACAAAGUGACCCAGGGACCAGCGCUGCCCUGUCACCCCCCACCCCACAAACCCCCAACAUCCCUCACAGCCCAGCAGCCCCAUGCCCCUCCCCGUCCCCCUCCACCCCCUCAGUGCUCCUGGGAGCACCCUUGUUACUCCAGGUCCAGUCGCUGCCGCUGGCACAGCCUCUCCCCCAGACAGGCUCUCCUCCUGGGGCGUCCAGCGGGCUGAGAUUGGCCCACCUGGUCUUGGGGCUCCACGGAGGGCAGAACUUUACCCUGCUUGCCUCACAGGUGCCCUCCGCCCCAGCCACCCUUCUCAACGUAGCCAGCAUGGACGCCGGAGCUCCAGACCAGAAGUACGUGAAGAUUGCCCCUCUACCGAUCACUGUGAGGCUUGUUGGGGCAACGGUGGUUGGGGGUCACAGUGGAGGGGCUGUGGUGAAAGCUGUGGCCCCCCAUAGGGUGAACAGACACCCUCCUAUAGAGACGCUGAGGGUGCACAAGUGUUCUCAUCCAGGCUGUGAGAAGAUGUACACCAAGAGCAGCCAUCUGAAGGCCCACUUCCGCAGACACACAGGAGAGAAGCCCUACACCUGCAGCUGGCCUGACUGUGGCUGGAGGUUCUCUCGUUCUGAUGAGCUGUCUCGUCACCGGCGCUCCCACUCUGGGGUCAAGCCCUACGAGUGCUCUCUGUGUGAGAAGAAGUUUGCCCGCAGCGACCACCUCUCCAAACACACCAAGGUGCACCGCAGCCCCCGGCCUGGCAAAAACAUCAGAACUACCGUCUGACCCAGCCAGCCCAGUCGGGAUCCUGAUUCCACUCUCACUCACCCUUAAACCUGUUGCAGCCCUUGACCAGGAUGGCAGAAUUAUAAGAACCUGCAUCCAGAAUUCAGAGCAGCCUGGUCCCCUACCUUUACCCUGGCUGUGCCUGCCCAGCCCAACCUAGCUCAGUCCAAUCUCAACCUGACCUCGGGCUGACAGACUCAUCAGACUCAUCCACCCAGCCCUGCCCCAGGGAGGCCACGCCAGGGAGUCUUGAGUCCUCAUCAGGACUCUGGUGCUACAGAAGCAGACCUGGGCCAGAACGUAGAGUAGGGCAUGGUUUCCCAAACUUGGUCCUGGGGCCCCCCAUUGGUGCACGUUUUGGUUUUUGCCCUAGCACUACACAGCUGA